AAUGUACUCCAGGGAAGAUUCCAAGGAGGCAAGCCUCUUUGGAGCUGAUGGCCACCCACAUAGUGAUGAUGGAGGUAAUGUAAAAGUCAUGUGCCGGUUCAGACCGCUGAACGAUUCAGAAAAGGGUAGAGGAGGCAGUAACGUUUGCUGUGAGUUUCACCCAUCCAAGAAAUCAGUCACCAUAAAUAUGAGCAAAAGAAGCGGAGAUAACUUCUCAGGCUCUAAUAAGUUCACAUUUGAUAGAGUUUUCGACACGGAUACUUCACAAAGAGAGGUCUAUGAAUCAGCUGCAAAGCCUAUUAUUGAUGGAGUCCUUCAAGGAUUCAAUGGAACUAUUUUCGCUUAUGGACAGACAGGAUCUGGGAAAACAUUCACAAUGCAAGGACCCAACAUUGAAGAUCUUCAAGAACAAGGUAUCGUCCCACGGAUGGUCAGGACUGUCUUCAGUAGAAUCGAUAAUAUGAGUGAAAAUGUUGAAUUCUCCAUAAAAGUCUCAAUGGCUGAAAUCUAUAUGGAGAAAAUCAGAGAUUUACUCGAUGAAACAAAAGUUGAUUUAAAAGUAAAGCAAAGCUCAGAGAAAGGAAUCUAUAUUGAUAAUUUAACUGAGAGAUAUAUCGGAUCAAGCUCAGAAGUUUACGAAAUUAUGAAUAUUGGAAAUAAUCACAGAAAAGUAGCAAGCACUUCGAUGAAUGACCAGUCUUCAAGGUCUCAUUCAAUUUUCAUUAUGCAUGUUAACCAGACUAAUCUUGAUGAUGGAUCUAGUAUAUCUGGUAAACUAUACCUCGUAGAUUUGGCUGGGUCAGAGAAAGUAGCAAAAACUAAUGUCAAAGGAACACAGCUCGAUGAAGCGAAAGGAAUUAACAAAUCUCUAUCAACACUAGGAAAAGUAAUCAAUGCUUUGACAGACAAGAAGCAGACCCAUAUACCUUACAGAGAGUCUAAACUGACCAGAAUUUUAUCCGAAUCACUGGGAGGAAAUGCUAAAACCUGCCUCGUCAUUACUUGCUCUCCAUCCCCAUGGAAUGAGUUGGAGACAAUGUCAACAUUAAGGUUCGGAACAGCUGCUAGGAAUAUCAAGAAUAAGCCUAAGGUAAACAAAGAGUACACUCCAGCUGAGCUAAAAAGAAUGUUGAAUGCUUCUCAAAAGAGAGUGAGGGCUCUAGAGCAGUUCAUACUUGAUAACAAUCUUGAGAUACCUUCUAAUGAAGACAUUGGAAGACUUUCAAGCCAUUUGGCUUCUACUAAUCAGUCUAUAUCAGAUAUCCAGGAAAUCCCUGAUAUGGAAGACGAUGAUAUUGAGAGAGAUGAUCUCAAAUCAACAAAUCUUCUAAAUUUCGAGAAAGACAUAGGUGAGCUUGACAGAACAAGCCUUGCAGAGCUCGAGGCUAGCCAAGAGAAGCUAAAUGAACUUAAGGAAACCCUUUCUAGAGAAAGAGAGAGGUUCAAUUCUCAAUUAGAUAAAAUGAAUACACUCAAGGAAGAUUAUGAAAUCCUGAAGGAUAAAUUCUCAGCUUUAGAGUCCCACAAGACAAAGGUUGAAUUAGAAAAGAACUCCCUUGUAUUCAAAAUCCAAGGCUGUACUGACCAGAUAGAAGAAAAAGAUGAGAUUAUCAACCUCCAAGAAGUCAAGAUUAAGGGGAAAUCUGAUGAAAUUAAGGAAUACAAGAGCAAAAUGGCUAAACUCAUGGUCACUCUGAACAAGUACGAAUCUGGGAAAGAUACUAAAGAUGAGGAAAAGGUAGAGUCUUUUAGUGAGCCCAAUAAUUCUAAGGAUUCUGGUGAAAACACUUUAAAAUUUAAGAAAGAAAUUGUGGCUUUGAGACAUAUACUUGGAUUAAAAGAUGAAAUCUUAGAUAAACUCAAGGAGACAGAAGAUCUCACUGAAGAAGAAAAGGAUAGAAUUUCUAUUACUAGAGGAAUGCUUGAUGAAAUUGAUCGCGCUGCGAAGAAAUAUACUAAAUCUGGAUCAAAGAAAGCCAAAUAUAAGGAUAUUGACACUGACACACUUCCUCUCAGCGAGAGCGAGAUUGAACAAAUAGUCCUCAAUCAAAAGAUGAUCCAUAGUUGAAUGGAUGAGGAACUCGCACAAAAAUACAGACAUGGCCAUUUAGAAGACAGCAAGGAUAUAGACACUAGUAAGAUUAGCCAACAUGAAUUUGAUGAAAAGUUACAAGAAAUGAAAGACCAAUUUGAACAAGAGAAGGAGCAUUUGAUUAAAGACCUCGGGAAUAGGGUUCAGAAAGUAUGCAAUCUUGAACUUGAGAUUGACUUGUUAAGAGAUGAAUACAAAAGACUAGAAAGAUCGCUCACUGAAGAAGAUUUUUCUCUAAAGACCCAAGUAGAGCAACUCCAGAGACAAGUAGACCAUAUAGACCUCAUGUACCAUCACGAGGUGACUAACAACAAUGUGCUCAAGGUAGACGCCCAAAUGUAUGAGAAGAAGAUUCAGAAGAGAGACCAAAGGAUUGCUCUUCUCGAGAAAUCAUAUAAAAAGUUAAGUGAGCAAACUCAGACAAUGAAAAAUUACCUGAAGAACUUACAGAAACAAAUGAUCCAGGUGCAAGCUCCUAAGCGAGAGGCUUAUAAUACAUCUGGAGUACCUUCGAAUGGAAGGCUUAUUAAGAAGAUCAAACCUGGCGCUAAGGUUAAUUAGAGACUUUGGAAAAACAAAUAGGAAGUAGUAGUAUUGUAUAUCGCACAUUCAAUAAA